CUCUGGGCUGCAUAGGAAGUGGAGCGCACAAGCUAAAGCUAAAGCAGCUCGCGAGCCUCAAGCUCGGUGGCGGCGCUCUGCGCGUGCACCGGGACGCUGUCAUACUCUCGAGGGCUAACGCUCGCCGCUCGCUAAACUAUCAUUCGCGCUGUAUUUUCACAACGACGUUCCGCUACCGGGCGUUGAAUUCCAGUUACACUGUACUUUAUGAACGUUUCAGUAGGUUUAAAGUAGAGGUGUGUGUUUAAUCCUCAGUCAAAUCGACGCUCAAUUUGAGGCCUGGACUAGAUUCCAGUCAGUUAGCAACGGACACGCAGCACUUCAUUCACCGACAUUACGAAGGAAUAACAGAGAGGAUGCCAGCUCCGAUCAGACUGCGGGAGCUGAUCCGGACAAUCCGGACGGCUCGAACCCAGGCGGAGGAGCGAGAGAUGAUCCAGAAAGAGUGUGCUGCCAUUAGGUCAUCCUUUAGAGAAGAGGACAACACAUACCGCUGUAGAAAUGUGGCUAAGCUGCUUUAUAUGCACAUGUUGGGCUACCCAGCACACUUUGGCCAGCUGGAGUGCCUGAAACUGAUUGCAUCACAAAAGUUCACAGACAAACGGAUAGGAUACCUGGGAGCCAUGCUGCUCUUGGAUGAGAGGCAGGACGUCCAUCUCUUAAUGACAAACUGCAUCAAGAAUGACUUGAACCACAGUACACAGUAUGUGCAGGGACUGGCCUUGUGCACCCUGGGCUGCAUGGGCUCAUCUGAAAUGUGCCGUGACUUAGCUGGAGAAGUGGAGAAACUCCUCAAAACGUCAAACUCCUAUCUGAGGAAAAAGGCAGCACUGUGUGCGGUUCACGUCAUCCGCAAAGUCCCAGAGCUGAUGGAGAUGUUCCUGCCGGCAACAAAAAACCUGCUCAGCGAGAAAAAUCAUGGAGUUCUCCACACAUCUGUUGUUCUGCUCACUGAAAUGUGUGAGCGAAGUCCUGAUAUGCUCUCUCACUUCAGGAAGCUGGUUCCACAACUUGUACGAAUCCUGAAGAACCUGAUCAUGUCAGGCUACUCCCCUGAGCAUGACGUGUCCGGCAUCAGUGACCCUUUCCUGCAGGUGCGGAUUUUGAGGCUACUAAGAAUUCUGGGAAAGGGUGAUGAUGAUUCUAGUGAAGCUAUGAAUGACAUUCUUGCACAGGUUGCAACGAACACAGAGACGAGUAAAAAUGUAGGCAAUGCUAUCCUCUACGAAACUGUUCUUACUAUUAUGGACAUCAAAUCAGAGAGUGGACUAAGGGUUUUAGCAAUUAACAUUCUGGGACGUUUUCUUCUCAACAAUGACAAAAACAUCAGAUAUGUGGCAUUGACAUCUCUACUGAAGACGGUGCAGACAGACCACAAUGCUGUGCAGAGACAUCGAAGCACUAUUGUGGACUGCUUGAAAGACCUUGAUGUAUCCAUUAAAAGGCGUGCAAUGGAGCUGAGCUUUGCCCUGGUCAACGGCAACAACAUCCGGGGCAUGAUGAAAGAGCUUCUGUAUUUCCUGGACUCCUGUGACCCUGAUUUCAAAGCAGACUGCGCAUCAGGGAUCUUCCUGGCUGCUGAGAAGUAUGCACCAUCCAAAAGAUGGCACAUAGACACCAUUAUGAGGGUUUUGACAACGGCAGGGAGUUACGUCCGGGAUGACUCUGUGCCCAACCUCAUUCAGCUCAUUACAAAUAGUGUAGAGAUGCAUGCCUACACUGUACAGAGACUCUACAAAGCCCUCCUGGAUGACAUCUCUCAGCAACCUCUAGUACAGGUGGCAUCCUGGUGCAUAGGAGAGUAUGGAGACCUUUUGGUCUCAGGCCAGUGUGAGGAAGAGGAACCUAUUCAGGUUACUGAAGAUGAGGUUCUGGAUGUUUUAGAAGGUCUCCUAGUUUCCAACUUGUCCACCCCUGUAACGAGAGGUUAUUCCCUUACUGCUAUUAUGAAGCUGUCCACCCGUUUCAGCAGUGUGAAUCGAAUCAAAAAAGUGGUGUCGAUAUAUGGCAGCAGCAUAGACGUGGAGCUGCAGCAGAGAGCUGUGGAAUAUAAUGCACUUUUCAAAAAAUAUGAUCACAUGAGACCUGCAUUACUAGAGCGAAUGCCUAUAAUGGAGAAAACAGCCUCUAACGGCCCAGCAGAGAUUGUGCAGACCAAUGGGGAAACAGAAUCAACCAUACUGGACACAAAACAUCUGCCCAACAUCACUCAACCAGCCAGUCAGGCAAAUGAUUUAUUAGAUCUACUUGGAGGUAAUGAUGUGGUACCUGUUAUCCAAACAACUGUUCCCACAAAGCCUGCAUCAGCUGGAGGAGAACUGCUGGAUCUGCUGGGAGACCUUUCUCUGACAGGUGGUCCAACCCCCACCCCUGCUCCCUCUGUGCCCAUGUCCCAGCCCCCUUUCCUUUUGGAUGGUCUCACUUCACAGCCCCUCUUCAAUGACAUUGCAGCGGGCAUUCCGCCAAUGACGGCGUACAACAAAAAUGGUCUGAAAAUUGAGUUCACAUUCGAGAGGUCCAACCCCAAUCCCAAUAUUGCAGUUAUCACCAUCCACGCCACCAACUCCACCGAGGCUGACAUGACAGAUUUUGUGUUCCAGGCUGCAGUACCAAAGACAUUCCAGCUGCAGCUUCUGUCCCCCAGCAGUAAUGUAGUUCCUGCACUCAACCAGGGAAGUGUCACGCAGGUCAUCAGGGUUCUCAACCCACAAAAGCAACAGUUGCGAAUGCGGAUCAAGCUGACAUACACUCACAAAGGUUCUCCUGUACAAGACCUGGCCGAGGUCAACAAUUUCCCGCCUCAGUCCUGGCAGUGAUUUGCUACCCUUCUCAAUCUUAAAGACCCCCAGCAAGGGAACUAUGGGAAAGAUGUCCCCUCCCCAUUCCCAAAUGAUCCCCCGUGACAUCACCACAGAUCGCUGCCCUGGGGUUGCAUGGGAAGCAGUGGAAUCUUCCUGACACAGUCAAGAGUUGAUGGUAUGAAGACUAAUGAUGAUGACGAUUACAGCGACAAUGAAGAAAAAUCACAAAUAUCUGAAUACAUAUCUUUUCAUUUGUUUUUUUGCCCGUCUGUCUUUCUCUCUGCUUCGGGGUUAGUGCAAAAUGUCCAUACUCACACUUGCACUUAACGUUGUGCACUCUCACUUAUCCUCUGCACUCCCACACUCCGGCCGCCCAGGGCCCGUACAUGGGGAAAACGUCACUCGUGGCCACUAUACAAAGGAGCUGCUUGUUUGAUUUGUCUACUUUGUUUGAUUUUUUUUUUUUUUUUUUUUUUUUUUUUUUUUUUAAUCUUGUUAAUGGGUUUGGUUUAUUUUAAGAGAAAAAAAAAAAAAACAUACUGAAUGAAUUGCAAAGUCUGAACAUUUGCACCUUAAGCAUUUCAGAAUCAAGAGGAAAAUGGGUUGUGAUGGCGCCUUAAAUUAUCGUUCAUUGUACAUGGCAUUUCUUAAUUUUCGUGUAAGGUUGAUCUAAUGUCCUAUAAUAAAGUAUACCAGAUGAAUGCUCCAGAUACAAGCUAUGUUGUGGCUACACCGUAUUUCAUACGGAAUCGUUCGGCACAUUAUCUGCCAGCAGUAAUGCACACACUAACAGAUCUGUUUAAGUGCUUGACCUUCAUCACAUGAAUCAUCACGAAUAGGCAAGUUCAUACAGCUCAUACCUUGAUUCGUGAUUUAUUCUUUUUAAGCAGGACAGCUUUUGUCAUUGACAAUGAAACUGGAGCGUCUCCAUUUGAGUUGAACGUUGUGGAUGAGAAGAUGGGAGUUUGAGAGUGUUGCUUGUCACUGUCUGUAUGCAUUACAUCACCCAGUAGUUUUGCAUCAUCGAAGCUGGAAUCGUUUCCCCAAAACCCUUAAUUUGGCAUAUUAUAGUUAUUUUGUUUGCCUCUACUCAUCACAGAUGGUGUUUUCUUGUAUUGUUGUUUUUUUUUUAAAUAUUGAAAUACAUUUAUAUAGAUUGAAAAUAGCCUACACUAAAAAAAGUUUGAUUUUAGCACAAUCCUUAAGGAUUGAAUCCUAUUAAAAAUGUAGUUGGACAGCGUGAUCUUAAAAUUCUAAUUGAUUUUUCAGUAAAUUAACACAAAUAGAGGCCCGACGAUGUAUAAUAAAGGUUAUGGUCAGCAUAGAUGCUGUAAAUAUAGACUAUGAAUAUAAGGCCUUCAUGAAUGUAGUUAUAUGCACUGAAUGAACUUUUGUUUUGUUUGACUUUCUGCAGUGAUUUGAAAUACAGAAUUAUUGCCUGAUUUGAAGCAAUGUGCCUUUGUCAUAAACGGUUAAAAGAAAACCCUCAGACGUCUGCGAGACGAGCGGUUCUCGUUACAGGAAGAGCAAGAGUGUGAUGUCUGAAGAGUAGAGGACUUUUUUGUUUUGCUGUCAUUUCAUUCGAGUUCUGAUUCAGAGGGCGUCUUAAGUCAAAUAUCAAGUGCGAACUGUCAACGUGUGUUAGUUUGUGUGCAGGCUGUCUCUUCUUGCAGCUUCCAAAGGCGGUUCGCAACAUUAACCUGAAUAUACCUCACAUUGUCUUCUUUUUUUUUUUUUUUUUUUUUUGUCUUUGUCAACUUGGAAGAGUACUUACUGUUUCAUCAAGUCAUUGAAAUGCUCUCGGUGGAAACCCUUAGCGUCCGCAUCCUCGCGUCAUCUCUCGCUGCUCUUCAUUUUUAUCUUCUUCACUUUGCGUAAUUACAUUCGCUAUGCCACACUGAAGUCUGGUGACCAAAUCAAGAGGUGUUCUUUUGGGCUUGGGAAAUAUUUUUUAGCAAUGUUAUGUAUAUGGAGAAAAACGACUUCAUUCUAUUAGCUUCUUUGUCUGUCUUUUGUUGCGAUUCUUUGGAUUUCUUGGCUUUUUCUGUACAUACUGAGGGCUUUUAAGAUGCAUCAGCUUGUUCUUUUCAUCCCUUUUUAAGAUCCCAUUUUCUAAGACUUCCUGUCAGUACUGCACAGUGUAUAAUGUUUGAAACUCUCCCUCAGAAAAUAGUCUAAUUUAACAACUUACCUGUUUGAUUGAUUGUUCAUUGGAAAGAAAAUGUACUAUGUGCUGCCUGUAUAUUGUAUAUAAUUGUAAAACGCAUAAAAAAGAUCAAAUCAAAUAAAAAUCCCAUUUGAAGACCUAUGACGUUCAGUUAGGGGGGUGUAAUGUGCACAUGAUCUCGAGUUCGCAUUUGUUUUUAGUAGAUGUGUAUCGCAAUCAUGUACUACUGAAAGAAUGAAAUGCUGCAUACAGACACAGGUGUAACUUCUCUCGAUAUGGUGGCCUGGAGCUGAUUUUAUCAUGUUCUUCCCAGUUACUCAGACAUAAUGAUGCGAUUUUUAAAGGGGUAGUUCACCCAAAAGAUAUAUAUCAUUAUUUGUUCACCCUCAUAUUGUUCCAAACCCAUAUUACUUUCUUUUAGGGAAUAUAAAAGAUUUUGAGUCAAAAACGAGAUUGGACCCCAUUGAUUUUCAUUGUAUGGAGAUAUUUUUCAAAUUCUUAAGGGGUUACUUCAUCCAAAAAUGAUUUUGAAAUUCUGUCAUUAAUUACUCACCCUCAUGUCGUUCCAAACCCAUAAGACUUUCAUUCAUCAGAACACAAAUGAAGAUCUUUUUGAUGAAAUCUGAGAGCUGUACCUCCAUUGUUAGCUACAUAACUUAAACUUUGAUGCUUCAAAAAGUUCAUAAAGCGAUUGUAAAACUAAUCCAUAUGAAUUGAGCGGUUUAGUCCAAAUUUUCUGAAGAUUCACGAUCGCUUUUUAUGAUAAACGGAUUUAAUUUAGGCUUUUAUUCACAUAUUAACAUUGAUCAGCAAACAUAAACAGAAGCUCAACCGAACCUGCUUGAUGCGCAUUAAUGAACCCCAUCGGUUCUUGCGAAAGCUCAAACAUGCUGUGUAGCAAAGGAGAAUGAACCUCAUUGGUUCUCGCACAUCAAGCAAACAUGCUUGAGCUUCUGUUUACCACAACUAAUGUGUGCGUUGAUGAAUGUUUCUUCAGAACAUUUGGACUAAGCCACUCAAUUCAUAUGGAUUAGUUUUAUGAUCGCUUUAUGAACUUUUUGAGGCGUCAGAGUGGUAGUUGCGUAGCUGUCUAUGGAGGAACAGAAAUCUCAGAUUUAAUCAAAAAGAUCUUCAUUUGUCUUCCGAAGAUGAACUAAAUUCUUACGGGUUUGUAAUGAAAUGACAGUGAGUAAUUAAUGACCGAAUUUUCAUUUUUGGGUGAACUAACCCUUUAAGCAUCUUUUAUGUUCUACAGAAGAAAGUCAUACAGGUUUUGAAUAACGUGAACUACCUUUAGACCUUUUUAUUUUAACAUUAAUAUGCUGAGGUAAGAUUAAAUCCAGAGUUUAUAGUUAUUUUUCUCAUAAACCACAUCUUCCGGUGUUUCCAUGUGUUUUAGACUCACAUCUGACCAAUAUUUCCUGUCUUUUUGAAGCACAUGGAGUUGAGGCACGACUUCAGAUAAAAUGCCCUGGUGUGAAAUCAUGGCCUUGUCCCUGAAUGUUUCCAUGACUCUUGAGUGAACUUAAUGUGGGGGUGGUACAUUAAACGGCAGCCUGCAGUCGUGUGGUGCAUAACAAUACUAAACGGCUAUGAAAUUGCACUGCGCAAGAAAAGUUUCAAAGUAUGGCUUUUUCAAUCAUGCUGCUUUUUACACUACUUUGUCAGGCAAAGAUGAUAGUGUGUUGAAGAGGGUGAAAUAACCAUCCAUGAACUUAACAAGUCUCUCAGCAAGUUUCCCAACACCAAACGAUGAUUUUUUUUUUUUUUUUUUUUCAGCCGCAUGUGAAAAAAGCAAUGUAAAUAUUGUCAUUUCUACUCUUUAUGUAAACUUCCUGAGGUAAUGCAAGCUAAGUUUGAAUUCUUAAGUCACCACUGUUCACUAUAUCUUGCGAUACAUGCACAGACAUUUGUAUAUUUGGAAAUAUACUGUUAAUUCUCAUUAAUCGUCAUUGGGAAGCAGAUUUUCUUGUGCAGGAAGUGGUCAGUCAGGGGGAAUUGAGCAUCAUUUGUUUGGGUGUAACUGUUUGACCAGGUGGACACUGUAUCACAUGCUUGGAUGAUUGCCUUCUCCAUCAGAAUCCCUUUGUAAUCUGUAAAGGUAUCGGUUGUUUUUGAAGUGUAUCUAUUCAUGUGCCCCCUUCUCAGAUAUUUUACACUUGCUAUUCAACCACAUCUGAACUUGUGCAGGAGGGCCGGAUGACCCCAAUGAGUCUGACAUGCUGAACUGAAUCGCAGUCCCAUGUCCUCGAGGAAUGAGUGUUGGACUGAAAAGAAUUCGUGAUGAUGGAUGAAAAUGACAUGGGAUAUUUUAGACUUAUGCUGUGUAUUAUUGUCUUUGGGUUGGAGAAAAUGAUCAAAAGAAAUAAUAAAACAGUCAAACUUGA